CUUGCCUCAUAUCGCACCCAAUCCUCUAUACUCCUUAGCCUAAUCAAAAGUGGCAAUCUUUAUUACUCACUACUAAAAUAAACAUUACACUUCAUCUUCAACUUCAACAAUCUCUCGUCUGUGUACUUUGUUCUGAGUUCAGACUGAGAGAUUGCAUUGAAGUCUUCCAAUUGUAACGCUUUUUCAACCGUAUUUCGUUGAGAUCGAGACUCUUCUCUUCUCUUUCAUCUAUCAUUUUUUUUAGUAUACAUCAAAAUCAAACUCCAUUUCUCUCUCUUUCUUGUCUCUGUUUAUCACACUUCGCCAGUCAGAGACUCAAAGUACGGUUUCAGUCAACGCUUUGUGAGGAUGUUAGAGAAGAUGGAAGAGUUUGACCAAGAGAAAGUGAUAGAGGAAUUUGAAGCAUUAACCAAGGAUGCUGAGAGGGUUCAGAGAGAGACCCUCAAGAAGAUUCUUGAAGAAAAUGGAUCAGCAGAGUACUUGCAGAGUAUUGGUCUCAAUGGAAGAACUGAUAUUGAGAGCUUCAGGGCUUGUGUUCCACUUGUUACUCACCAGGAUUUGGAACCCUACAUUCGGAGGAUUGUGGAUGGUGAUUCUUCUCCCAUUCUCACUGGAAAACCAAUCACAACCAUCUCAUUAAGUUCUGGUACUACUCAGGGAAAGCCAAAGUUUAUACCCUUCAAUGAUGAAUUGAUGGAAAACACCUUGCAGAUAUAUAGGACUUCUUUUGCUUUUCGCAACAGAGAAUUUCCUCUUGAGAAUGGAAGGGCAUUACAAUUUCUUUACAGCAGCAAGCAGUUCAAAACUGAAGGAGGUCUGGCGGCUGGAACUGCUACUACUCAUGUGUUCCGUAAUUCGAUGUUCAAAAAGGGAAUGAAGGCAAUUCAGUCCAUAUCUUGCAGCCCUGAUGAAGUGAUAUUCGGUUCUGAUUUCCACCAGUCAUUGUACUGCCAUCUCUUAUGUGGGCUAAUCUUCCGGGAUGAAGUUCAAUUCAUAUCCUCUACUUUUGCACAUAGCAUAAUGUAUGCAUUCAGCACCUUUGAGCAAGUUUGGGAAGAACUGUGCAAUGAUAUUAGGACUGGGGUUCUCAGCAGCAGAAUCAAUGUCCUGUCCACCCGAACUGCAAUGUCCAAAUUGCUGAAGCCAAACCCUGAAUUGGCUGAUUUGAUUUAUAAAAAGUGCUCAAGUUUGAGUAAUUGGUAUGGAUUGAUACCAGAACUUUUACCUAAUGCAAAGUACAUAUAUGGGAUCAUGACCGGGUCGAUGGAGCCUUAUUUGAAAAAAUUGAGGCACUAUGCAGGCGGGCUGCCCCUGUUGAGUGCUGAUUAUGGGGCCUCUGAAGGGUGGAUUGGAGCAAAUGUCAAUCCAAAAUUGCCACCCGAGUUGGCCACUUAUGCUGUACUUCCUAAUAUUGGGUAUUUUGAAUUCAUCCCACUUGGGGAGAACAUUGAGGAUCAGGAUCACAAUAAUAUGGAGUCCAGUUUCCUGCGUAUGGAGCCAAAGCCAGUUGGUUUAACUGAAGUCAAGAUUGGUGAGGAGUAUGAGGUCAUUGUCACUAAUUUUGCAGGUCUUUACCGGUAUAGGCUAGGAGAUGUAGUGAAGGUAAUAGGCUUCCAUAACUCCACCCCGGAAAUCAAAUUUGUCUGCCGGAGGAACCUUCUGCUUACUAUCAACAUUGACAAGAAUACUGAGAAAGAUUUACAACUUUCUGUGGAAGCAGCAGGAAAGCUAUUGUCAGAAGAGAAACUAGACGUUGUUGAUUUCUCUAGCCAUGUUGACUUAUCUACAGACCCUGGCCACUAUGUUAUCUUUUGGGAAAUAAGUGGUGAAGCAAGUCAGGAGGUUCUUCAAGAAUGCUGCAACUGCUUGGAUAAAUCUUUUGUUGACGCAGGCUACGUUAGCUCGCGCAAGGUCAAUUCCAUUGGCGCGCUUGAGCUCCGAGUUGUUAGGAGGGGAACUUUCCAGAAGAUUCUAGAUCAUUAUCUAGGAUUAGGAUCUGCUGUUAGCCAGUUCAAAACACCAAGAUGUGUAGGGCCAACAAACAAUUUGGUGCUGCAAAUCUUGUGUGCCAAUGUUGUUACGAGCUACUUUAGUACUGCUUUCUAGUGAACAUCAUCAUCGUAUAUGUUGGAAUUGAAAUUUGGAUCUUCUCCUAUAUAAUAAUCCAAUCUAUGUUAAUGAUAGGUUUCUAGGGAGGCAA